AUAUUCUGUAUCUAGUUUCCUACUCUUUUGACUGGCAGCACCAUGGAGGAACAAGAAAAUUAUAUGAUAGAUGUCACUGUGAAAACUCUGGACUCUCAGAGCAGAAGCUAUACUGUGAGAGAUCAGAUCACUGUGAAGGAGUUUAAAGAGCAUAUAUCUCCCUCCGUGGGAAAUCCUGUAGACAAACUGAGGCUGAUCUACCAGGGACAAGUUCUUCAGGAUGAGAAAACUCUGGCAGAAUACAAUUUAAAUGGUAAAGCCAUUCACCUGGUGGAGCGAGCGCCACCUCAGACGACUCAGUCAAGAUCAGGCUCAAGAAGAGUACCUGGGACUUCAGGAGGCUCACAGACUGGAAACACCACAACUCCUCAGGCUGUACCGCAAGGAGCUACACAUGAUCGCAAUGCUAAUAGCUAUGUUAUGCUUGGUACCGUUAAUCUCCCUGUGAAUACCAUGGACUCUCAGCAGAUUCAGAUGUCUAUCCAGCAGAUAAUGGCAGCCCUCUGGGAGGGUAUACGAAAUACACGAGCCAGCAGCAGCAAUGGGGUAUGAGUGUCAUUUAGACAUUUAAAAGCACAUGUCUCAGUUUAAAGUUUUAUAAAUGAUGAUAUGUAUAUCUUUCACUGCU